CGAAUUCGUCAAACAUGUCGAUUGGGUCUCUCUUCAGCUCCCCUCAAUUUGCCCCCAAAAUCUUCCCGGCAAGCGAUAACAGAACAAACCCUAACCCUACCCUCAACUUGUUGAAUUGGCAUAGAAGCCCCUCCAGAACUAGAAAUAUGAGCAUUGAGUCCGGGAAUGGAGGACUGGGACAAUCUAAACUCGAUGGAGUCGGUGACAGAGACGCCGUCAUCGUCGUCGACCAUGGUUCGCGCCGUAAGGAAUCAAACCUCAUGCUAAAUGAGUUUGUGGACAUGUUUAGGGAGAGAACUGGGUAUGCUAUAGUGGAGCCUGCUCAUAUGGAGUUGGCAGAACCUUCAAUUCAUGACGCGUUCAAUUCUUGUGUUGAGCAAGGUGCCAAUCGUAUAAUUGUGAGUCCAUUUUUCCUCUUACCCGGAAGACAUUGGAACCAGACUGUUAUUUUGCAGGACAUACCAUCUCUAACAGCUGAAGCUGCAAAAAAGCAUGGGGUAUCAUAUAUGGUGACUGCGCCUCUUGGACUCCACCCGCUACUUGUGGAUCGGACACUGUUGUUGCACAAUUUUUUUCUGAAGCUUUGCUCAGAGCUCUAUUGCUGUUUAACUUGACAUGGGAUCUUUAGGGAGCUCAUGUGCUAAAUACGUUUACCUGCUGUUGCUCAACUUGGAUCCAAAACCAAGUAUCAAUAGACUGCAAUCAUUGUUUUUUACUUUCUUUUCUUUCCUUCUUAACAUUAUUUAUUGUCACAGAAGUUUUAAAUCUCUGCUGUAUUGGCACUUAACUAAGUUUACUUGACAGUAAUGUAUUUCUUCCGAUUUUAGAAACAUAUAUAGGUAUAGGAUCGCAAGUUCCCCAAAUAAGGAGCUCGUACGUACAUACUAUGUUUUCUUUCUCUUGCUCAAGUACUGAUCAGUGAACUAAUAAUCAAGAUAAUUGUAGUUACUGGUUUCAAAGGGCUCGUUGUGCUUUCAUUCUAAGAUGAUUAAGUAUCUGGGUGCAGGAUGUUAUGAAUGACAGAAUCAAUCACUGCUUGAGCCAUGUUGCUGGAGAUGCAGGUGAGUGUGCUGUUUGUGUUGGAACAGGCAAAUGCCAGCUCCAUUGAUUUAUGCAUGUUCAUACCAAAACAGUCUGGGGUAAAGGCACCAUUUCAGUUUAUUUGUUGAAACCAAGUGAUCUUGCCACUUGGAUAGCCAUAUAUAGAGAGCAUCCGGUGCGUAUUGAGGCUGUG